AUGGCCUUAGACCUUUCUUGCCAGCCAUUUAGCUUGCUCUCCCGACCGCCAGUACUCAAACGCAUCGCAAGAAUCCUUCCUAUCUACAAGAACCGCAUCGCGUCUAUCAAUUUGACUACGCCACCGCGCUCCAGUCCUGAACGCCGUUUCGUGGUCUCCGCGUCGCAUCAGUUCCAGAUACCAGCGCGCCUCCGGAAAAUCAUUUCCACCUCCCCGUCUGCUUCAGAAGCUCAACCUUCAGAUGCGCUAAGCCAAGAAGAGCUCCUUAAAGACGACGCCGCUGCUUACUAUGGAGACCUUAGUGAUGUUUCCGGCGGUAGUAUCGCCGGCGCGAAUGGCGCUGAAGCGGAGCAGAAGCCAGACGAUGCCGCCACGUGUCUUUACUUGAUUCGCGUGAAGACAAGUCGAGAGCCUCUUUCCGGCAUGUCGUUGCCAAGUGGCGGCGUCCUAUUGGCUGUGAUUGGAGAAGAGGGUGACACGAUUUCGGUGCAAAUCCAGCCACAGGAUGACUUGGAAUCUACGGUUCAGAAGAGCGUUGAGAAAGACGAGCGGACGGACGCUGCAGCCACUGGAGUGUUGCCAGUUGUCGCAACGGCAUUCGCUGCAGGACAGACAGCGGAAAUUUGUCUGACCGCGCCCAGCAUUGGUCCGGUGGUGGCUGCUUGGCUGGCGCCUCAACGACCCGAAACUCCUGCUACGGCUGCCAAAUCUGCGGAGGAGGCUCGGAGAAAGAGGGAGGAAGGGUUGAGGGAGUAUGAAGAACUGAAGAGGCUGAUGCUGCUGGUUACCACAGGGUUGGUGGUUACUGGGACAGGAGCUGCUGGGUGGGUAGGAGGAGUGGACACUGCUGUGGCGUUUGCUGCAGGAGGGGCGGCGGCGUUUGUCUACUUGCUGAGAUUGCAGAACCGUGUCGAUGAGCUUCCAUCGGCCGACUGGACUGACAAUGCAAAACCACCUCAUAUAACAGCAUUGGAGGCAUCAGGUGAAUCGAACACCAUGCUUGACACUCCUGGCAGCGGAACGGCGGUGGAAGGAGGAAGCACGGAUCCUGAGACUGUUAACCUGGUGCGGAGUAUUGGAGUCCGGGCGGCGUUAGCCACUGUAGCCAUUGGAUCAGCUGUUGCCCUGUUGGGUGGUGUUGGUGGUGGAGAGGGCGAUGGGGGCGCCUUGACGGGAGGGUUGCAGGCUCUGAAGAUUGAGCCACGGCAGUUUGCUGCGGGUGUGUUAGGCUUCCUUUCUCACAAGCUUGCUCUCGUGCUGGUCGCAUUGAUGAGUGGGAGUGAGCAUACGGAUGAUUAG